AUAUCACAAUUUCCACUUCCCACAAUAUUCAAAUUUCCAUAUAUUCAAACACCAUUUCUGAGCUCCACCAAACUUCUUAACUUUCCAUUUUUUUUCUAAACAAAAAUGGAAAUUACAGAGCUUAAACUGAUGAUUAACAUCAUAAUUAUCUUCUUCUUCUUCCUUAAUUUUUCUCCAGUUUCCUCUGUUGAUGUCUGCAACCCAACUUCAUGCUCAGAAAUAGGUAUCGGACCGGAAAUCCGGUUCCCUUUCCGGCUAAAAGACCGGCAAUCGGACCGAUGCGGUUACCCUGGUUUCGAUCUUUCGUGCAAUGAAAGAGGCCAAACAAUCAUGUCACUCCCUCAUUCAGGUGAUUUUUUAGUUACAGAGAUUGAUUACUCUGCUCAAUCUCUAAUGCUUUAUGAUCCGGAUUUCUGCCUUGUCAAACGACUCAUCGGUUUCAAUGUCACAAAUUCGCCAUUCAAAGCUGAUCAUCAACGAAAUUACACAAUCGUCAGGUGUACUUCAGAUGACUGGUUAAGUUACCCAAAUUAUCAGGUAGCGAUUCCGUUGUAUUGCCGGGGAGUUACGAGCAGAAAUCAGGCGAUUUUGGCGAUGCCGCCGAGUAUGUAUGAGCAAGAAAAACCAGUUGGUUGUAAAUUGAUUAAUUCUAGAGUUUCUGUUCCUCUGCAAUUGGAAGAUUCUCAGUUUUGGUCUCCAAUUGAAGGUCUUGUGUUAACUUGGAGUGAACCAAGUUGCAGGAUUUGUGAGAAUCAAGGCAAACUUUGUGGGUUUAAGAGUGCUACUGGAUCUGACAUUGCUUGUUCAAAUCCUCCUCCUUCUAAAGGACUUCCAAGAGGAGCCAAAUAUGGCAUUAUAAUUGGAGUUGGAGUGCCAGGUUUUGUAUGCUUAAUAGGAAUAAUAAGUUUUGCAUUUGGUAAAUUCAAAGUUUACACUCUUCGUCCUGAUUUGAACUCUGAUCUCCCAAGAACCAUUAAUCUACAAUCAGCAAUCGCCACGAGAGGUCUUAACAGGGCAAUCAUUGAUACAUAUCCCAAGACAGUGCUCGGGGAGAGUCAACGUCUCCCCAAUCCCAACGAUGGCACUUGUCCAAUAUGUCUAUCGGACUACAUACCUAAAGAAACAUUAAGAACUAUACCAGAAUGCAACCAUUAUUUUCAUGCUGAAUGCAUUGAUGAAUGGCUUAAGUUAAAUGCUACUUGCCCCUUAUGUCGAAAUACACCAGAUCGUUCGUUACAUCCUUGCUCAUCGUCAACUUCUUUGGUCUCGUCGUCUUCUCCAUAGGCCUCAACACACACACAAAAACUCUGUUUUGCUUUGAUUUUAAUGUCUUUCAUAGGGAAAUUAUUCUUGUUGUAUAUAAGUUGUGAGUUCCAAGUGUUGUAAAUGGAAAGAAAAUAAAGGAUAUAGGAUAGAAUUC